AAAAUCUCGCUGAAUCUGCCUGCCCCAGCACUGAUCUGAUCUGGGAUCCUCUGAUCCCUCCCGUGACCGCACCACGCCCGAGAUGAAUCUACGUUCUGUAUUUACUGUAGAACAACAAAGGAUUUUACAGCGUUAUUAUGAAAAUGGAAUGACAAAUCAAAGUAAAAAUUGCUUUCAGCUCAUAUUACAGUGUGCACAGGAGACUAAGCUGGACUUCAGUGUAGUCAGGACGUGGGUUGGCAAUAAGAGAAGAAAAAUGAGUAGUAAGAAUUCUGAAUCAGGAGCAGCAACAACAGGAACUGUUUCCAGUACCUCUUUGGCAGCUCCAGACAUUACAGUCAGAAAUGUGGUUAAUAUUGCUCGACCUUCAAGCCAACAGUCUUCUUGGACAUCUGCCAAUAAUGAUGUCAUUGUAACUGGUAUAUACAGUCCGGCCAGUUCAUCAAGCAGGCAAGGGACAACCAAACAUACAAAUACACAAAUUACAGAAGCACAUAAAAUCCCUGUUCAGAAAACGGCCAGUAAAAAUGAUACUGAGUUUCAGUUGCAUAUUCCUGUUCAAAGACAAGUAGCACACUGUAAAAAUGCCUCUCUGCUCUUAGGUGAAAAAACAAUUAUUUUGUCAAGGCAGACAAGUGUGCUAAAUGCUGGAAACUCAGUAUACAAUCACACAAAGAAAAACUACGGAGGCUCUUCAAUGCAAGCCUCUGAGAUGACAGUACCUCAAAAGCCAUCUGUGUGCCACCGACCUUGCAAAAUUGAACCAGUUGGAAUUCAAAGAUUAUAUAAGCCUGAACACACGGGUUUAGCAUCACAUAAUUUAUGCGAGCAAAAGCCACCUAUUAGAGAUCCUUACUGUCGAACGCAAAACUUGGAAAUUCGUGAAGUAUUUUCAUUGGCAGUUAGUGAUUACCCCCAGAGAAUUCUGAGAGGAAAUGUCCCACAGAAGCCUAGUUCAGCAGAAGGAACUUGUUUGUCCAUUGCAAUGGAGACUGGAGAUGCUGAUGAUGAGUAUGCCAGAGAGGAAGAGUUGGCAUUGAUGGGAGCACAGACACCAAGCUACUCAAGAUUUUAUGAAAGUGGCAGUUCCCUUCGAGCUGAGAACCAAAGUACAGCUUUGCCCGGACCAGGAAGAAGUAUGCCAAAUUCACAAAUGGUGAAUAUUAGAGACUUGUCAGACAAUGUACUGUAUCAAAAUAGAGACUACCAUUUAACACCACGGACCUCAUUACAUACCGCAUCUACUACAAUGUACAGAAAUACAAAUCCAUCACGGAGUAAUUUUUCUUCACAUUUUGCAUCAUCAAACCAAUUGAGGUUGUCACAAAACCAAAACAAUUACCAGAUUUCAGGAAACCUUACUGUGCCUUGGAUUACAGGGUGUUCUAGAAAAAGAGCACUGCAAGACCGCACUCAGUUCAGUGACCGAGACUUAGCCACCCUUAAGAAGUACUGGGACAAUGGUAUGACUAGCCUUGGCUCUGUCUGUAGAGAGAAAAUUGAAGCAGUUGCAACUGAAUUAAAUGUUGACUGUGAAAUAGUUCGGACUUGGAUUGGGAAUCGAAGAAGGAAAUAUCGUUUAAUGGGGAUUGAAGUUCCGCCUCCAAGAGGAGGCCCUGCUGAUUUUUCUGAGCAGCCCGAAUCUGGCUCUUUGUCUGCCUUCACACCAGGAGAGGAAGCUGGUCCUGAAGUAGGAGAGGAUAAUGACAGAAAUGAUGAUGUAUCCAUCUGUUUGUCUGAAGGAAGCUCUCAAGAAGAGUCCAAUGAAGUUGUUCCAAAUGAGGCAAGGGCUCAUAAGGAGGAGGACCACCAUGCAGUAUCCACAGAUAAUGUGAAAAUAGAAAUUAUUGAUGAUGAAGAAAGUGACAUGAUAAGUAAUUCUGAAGUAGAACAAGUGAAUUCUGUCUUGGAUUAUAAGAAUGAAGAAGUCAGAUUCAUUGAAAACGAGUUAGAGAUUCAAAAGCAAAAAUACUUUAAACUUCAGACAUUUGUUAGAAGCUUGAUACUAGCUAUGAAAGCUGACGAUAAGGAACAACAGAAGGCACUGCUGUCAGAUUUACCUCCUGAAUUAGAAGAGAUGGAUUUCAAUCAUGCUUCACCGGAACCUGAUGAUACCUCAUUCAGUGUGUCUUCUUUAUCAGAGAAAAAUGCCUCAGACAGCUUGUGAUUUGAGGAGGGGAUAUAUGAUACAGUCCUUUGGCUGCCUAACAAUUGUGCAUUUCAAGAUAACUGCAUUCUGACCCAAAAUUCUUCGGUUGGCAAAACAUAUCGUUGAAACCGACAUAUUCUGUGAAGGAUGAACAAGAUAUAAUGGCUACAGCGCAAAAAAUGUGUGUGAAAUUUAAAAGCAUUGCUUGAGAGUUUUUUCCAAACUGAUAGAACUCUGGAAAAAUUGUAUUUAAUUUUGAGCAGUUUAACUUCGAAGUGCAUAAUGUCUAAUUUCUGAAAGCUUUUUGUUUGGUUUUACAGAAGAAUCUUAGAUUUAGUAAUAGUUUUUACCAGAGACACAAUAAUAAAAAGGUAUUUCUAUUGUAACUUGCUUAUCAAGUUACUGAAGCUUGAUUAGUCUUGUUUUUGUAGCCAUUACAUCUUCUUUCUUCCUCUCUCCUUUUCCUAUCACCCGCAUACACUUUUACUCAGGAAAGUGCACUGAAAAUUAAAAAGAACACUUUAAAAAUGAUUUAACCUGGAAGAAUUCCUGGAUUUAUUUUUCAACCCCUAUGAGAAUUUGACUUAAGCUAAUGAUUGAAAAUUGAAGUGAUUACUAGUAUAUAAUUGUAAAUUGUUGGUCUUCUUCUAUUAUCUAGUCCAAAUAUUUGGGGGGAGGGGGGA